AUGAGCCAAGAGAAACGCAGCCUCUCUGAAUACUCCCUUGAGGAGCUAGAAGUAGAGGUGAAACGAAGACGCUUGGAAUCAGGGGCAACAGCUACCAAUUCCACAAACAGCAAUACGCUGAGCAUCCAAACUGCACGUGAGAUUCUGUCAAGUUAUCUUCUGCCAAGCGACGAACGAGUAAGCAGAGGUGAUUCCUUUCAAUCAGAUCAUGCCAUCAAUCUGCUACGACAACAUCCAUCCUUGGUGGCAGAAUCCUUUGGUGGACAAACAGUGCUCUCGGCUUUCUUGCGUGCCGGUGCGUACUUCUACUCCUUCAAUCACCAAGGAGCUGUGUGCCAUGUGGAAAUUAGUCAAUCCUCAAUACAAUGA